GCUAUCAACAUGUCUGGCCGUGGCAAAGGAGGAAAAGUUAAGGGAAAGGCAAAGUCCCGCUCGAACCGUGCCGGUCUGCAGUUCCCAGUUGGCCGUAUCCUUCGUCUGCUACGCAAAGGCAACUAUGCCGAGCGCGUCGGUGCUGGUGCACCAGUGUAUUUGGCUGCCGUAAUGGAAUAUUUGGCCGCUGAAGUGCUCGAGUUGGCAGGAAACGCUGCCCGAGACAACAAGAAAACGCGCAUCAUCCCGCGUCAUCUGCAGCUGGCCAUCCGCAACGACGAGGAAUUGAACAAGCUGUUGUCCGGCGUCACCAUUGCUCAGGGUGGUGUGUUGCCGAACAUCCAAGCCGUGCUGCUGCCGAAGAAGACCGAGAAGAAGGCCUAAGCCUAUCGCGAAAUCAGCUUCUUUCAAUCUUCCGCCAAAAACCGUCCUUUUCAGGGCGACAAAUCAUUUCGCUAAAGAUUUCAUUUGACCAUUUCUGCUGAGCCCACUGCCAACGCAUUCUCAUACCGCAGGUAAAUCCAAUAAAGUGAGAAAUGCAGGAAAAUCCUUAACACGCACUCCAAAGUCAAAAGAGUUCAAAGACUCUAGCAGCGGCAAAUCGUAGUGAAAAAUGUUCAUAUUUUAAACCUGUGCCGUAUGUGAACUCCCACAUUAUUGUAAGGAGCAAUGGAUGAAACGUUAAAAAUAGAGUCGUCUACCUGUUUUUUCACCUGGGACGAACCUAUGAGCAAGAGAUAAUUUACAUCGAUCGUAAGGGAAUAUGGAUACCUGCCUUAUGUAGGUAGCAUCCAUGGCCUUGAACCGAUGUUUUUUUAAAUGAUUUUUUUUAAUACAAUUCGUAAACCGUUAUUCUGGAAUGCACCGAGCCCAUUGCAUUCCAAUGUAUGCGAAACCAUCUCAAAACACAUUCGUCAUCAACAGCAGCAGCAACAGCAUCAGAAACAAUCCAUACGAAAGAAACAUUAUUUACUCUUACCUGUUUCAGUACGCGGCAUGCACUUCUCUCCUUUCGGUUGCUCCCUCGAUGAACCAAUUUUACUGUUAUUCGGGUUUUUUUUCCGAACGAUGCUCACUGAUCACGAUAGAAACGCAAACUUGAACUUUCACCACGAUCCUUUUGACAAUCUUGUGUAUACACGAACUCAUGCACUUUCCUUCCGAAUCCAUGCAGCUCGAUCACUAAACUUCACUCACUAGUUUGUUCACUACUCACAUUCCAAUUGCACUGAAGUUUACCUCGAUCACGAUUUCGGAUCGCUGUCCCUGUCCACCGUCGAUGCCCGGUUUCGUACCGCUGCAGCCGCUCCAUAUUAUAAUAAAAAGAAGCAGCAGCAGCAGCAACAACAACUAUUUAAAUAUAGGAGCGCAUUUUUUUCUUCCCGGCCGACGGGAUUCACUGCACGCACUCCUCGCUCGCUCUUUCGGUGAACGCACCGGAAACGCACUUUUUCCACGCAUUUUCAGUCCAGCCACGCACAAUUCAGGGACACUAAAAUCACUGUCCCUGUCCACCACCGAUGCCCGGUUUCGUACCGCUGCAGCCGCUCCAUAUUAUAAUAAAAAGAAGCAGCAGCAGCAGCAACAACAACUACUUUAAUAUAGGAGCGCAUUUUUUUCUUCCCGGCCGACGGGAUUCAAUGCACGCACUCCUCGCCCCCUUUUUCUGGGGAACGCAUCGGAAACGCACCGGAAACGUACUUUCAGUCCACUCACAUUUCUUUUCUUCCCGGCCGACGGGAUUCACUACACGCACUCCUCGCCCCCUCUCCCGGUGAACGCACCGGAAACGCACUUUCUACACACGCUCUGUUCAGGGACACUAAAAUAGUAGGAAAAAAUAUGAUCCUACAUGCAUUUCAUGCCACAGUGAAAAAAAAUCACGGUAAGCGACGCCAAAAGUGUGGGCGGCGCAGUUUAAGCUUUUCACUGCACACUACACACACCACUUCACUGUAAAUUACUAAAACGCACACGCACACACACACACACGGACUAGUGAGCUCCACUAAACGCGGAAGAACCGGACCGAUCGACUGUACGAAGUAGACUGAACUCCGUUCGGUUCCUUGCAUAAUGAAAUACUAAUAUUGGAGUGAGAGUCGUGUCAGAGUUCGUGUCCUCUCUCUCUCGGUAUUAAGUAUCCCGAACACACAUACCUAGAUAAAAUGAUUGCCAGACUACUAGAAACGUUUUACCUAACGAAUUUUGCCACUCUUUUAAUGUUUUAUGCUUUUGCGUGUGCAAAUAUCAAUGUUCAAACCGUGCAAGGAACAAAACAUAUUUGUUGUAUAUAUGAGCAAAUUAAGUUACAUGCGCAUGAUUAUUCGAUAAGAAAAAAAAACACGAUAAAUUUUAAUAAAUUUUGAAAGGUCAAAACCGAAAAUCUUUCCGAAAUCGUUUGUGGUAGCCUUAAGAAAGACUGAUUUUAUGUUACGCUUUAUGUUUAGCGUAAGAAACAGCAACGAAUUUGCAAAG